UUUUGUGAUUUCCCGAUUCCAUAUUUCCGUCUCUCUCUUCCCCAGAUGAAACGCGAACUGCCAGGAAAUGGAAGGCAAAGGAGAGCAAGAUUUUCGAGGGUCUUCGAAUAGUUCCGAAAAUCCAAUUUCGGAACCACCCAUCGAUCCACUGUCAACUUGUCCCGAACUGACAUUCAAUCCUUCUGCUGAAGAUCAUGGUGAAUCAACAGUCUCUUUCAACCAGAGUGAAAUUUUCAGAGCUAUUCAAGUUGUCGAGAGAGAUUCCUUAGCCAUUGCCGAGAGUUUCGUUUCCCUCUUCGCUUCCCUUCGCUUGGCUCUCUCUGAGGUCACUGGCAGCUCAGUUGAUCAUAUGCAAUGCUUUUGUGAUGCUACAGGUCGUCUUCAGGAAUCUGUUCUUGAAGCAACAACCAAGGGGAACCGUUAUAUAAAUUCAUGUCUCAGAUUGAACGAGGAGAUGAAGAGCAUUGAUGGUCUUGGCUCUCAACUAAAAUUUCUACGAAGGAAUGUGGAUGCUUUGGACUUAGCUGUUAACAAGCUUCUUCAUUCUCCAUAACAAUAGAAUUCAAUAUACUCGAGGAAAAAUACCAGAGUCAACUGGUUGGUUCAAACUGAAAGUAGGUGAACUUGUCAGUGAUUCGGUUUGGGUGUUAAACUGGCCAAGAGUUGAACAGGUAUCAAAUUGGUCAAAUCGAGGCAAACAGGUGAAACUGGUAAAAACUAGUGUGAACCGAUUUGGAUAAUUGUUACUAUUGGUUCUAUUUUUUCUCAUUUACCUCCUAAUAUUUUACUCUCUAUAGAUUUAAAUGAAUUUUAAUAAUGAUUUCGAUAUCAAUUAUUAUUAAUUUUAGUUAU